GAGCUGGAGAGCUGUAUUGCAGUGGGAAUAUACGCGGUCCCUGGUACCUGGCUGCUUGGGAACCCCACCUGCAGCUCUAUCAGGAGCAGUUGGAAGUGAACCGCUGCUCUGGGGGAGACGGUGGGGACUUCCCAGGCCAAGCGUGAGCGAUGGCGGGCGGGGGGCGGUGUCCUAGGCGGGAGAGCACCCUGGAGGGGAGGAGGCUCUUCCUUGCAGCGCUCAUUACAGAACCACGAUGAACCCAUCUGCUGAACCCAUCUCCUGGGGCUUGCUCUUCUGGGUCCUGGUACCUUCCCAGUGGGCCCCAUUUGGAGGGUUUGAGGAUCGUGAGUUCCAUCAUGCUCUGGGCACCUGUGUGAAAGCUCAGGAUGGACAUGCCUACUCGCUUGUGGGCCAGGGAAGCAGACUCUGUCCUUCUUUUCCUGGAACUUACUUUCACAUGGGGCAGAUUUUUUUUAAAAGCUCACAGCCGAAGAAGGUCCAUGAAGGACCCCAGCAGGUUGCUAGAGCACUGAGGUGGCACUGUCCUGCAGAGCCCAGGGUAGGACAGAGCGGGGAGGUCCAUGGGAGGGUGUGGUGAGCCUAGAGGCUGUGGAGGGAGUUUGUGCCAUUCUGUGGCUGAGCUGGGCAGCUUUAAGCAGCAGCUUUGUAAAGACCGGAUUUAGCCCUACAACAAUUACUGUCAGCUGAAGACAGUGGAGGGGGUUAGGACUGAGCACGGGAGCCAGUUAGGGGCCUGUUGAGGCUGUGCAGGCAGGCUGGAAGGUUGUCCUGGAGUAGGAGGAUUGCAGUGCAGAGGGGAAAGCAGUGUGGGGUGGGGUCCUCCACCCCCGCUGUUCAGCAUGGUCUGUUAACUUGGAAGUAAUUAAACAAGCGAAUGAAGAGUUCAGUGCCUCAGUUGUAGUAGCAGACCUUCAGGUGCUCAGCAGCCCCGUGGUUAGUGCCUGAUGUAUUGUGUAGCCUGGAGAGACCAUACCCAUCCUUGCUUGAUGUUCUACCCCGUGAAUGGGUUUUCACAGUAAAUCGGGGGUGGGAGGGGAGAUCAAAGAGACCCCAGGGUUUCGGUCUUACUCACUGUGGUGAGGUAUUGAGAGGGGAGGAGUGACUGGGGGUGUGGGGUGGACAGUCACACGGGCCACUUCCCCACCUCUGCUCGCAGCUCCAGGAUAAGUCCCUCUAAUUUCUCCAGCUUCCAACAACAUCUGAAGCCUGUAUCGAGAACCUUCCUUGUGAGCUGCAGAGGAACUUCCAGCUCAUGAGAGAGCUGGACCAGAGGACGGAAGAUAAGAAGGCAGAGAUCGACAUCCUGGCUGCGGAGUAUAUCUCCACGGUGAAGACGCUUUCUCCAGACCAGCGUGUGGAGCACCUGCAGAAGAUCCAGAGCGCCUACAGCAAGUGUAAGGAGUACAGUGAUGAUAAGGUGCAGCUGGCCAUGCAGACCUAUGAGAUGGUGGAUAAACACAUUCGAAGGCUCGACGCAGACCUGGCACGCUUCGAAGCAGACCUGAAGGACAAGAUGGAGGGCAGUGACUUUGAAAGCUCCGGAGGACGAGGGUUAAAAAAAGGUCGAGGUCAGAAAGAAAAAAGAGGCUCCCGAGGUCGUGGCAGGAGGACCUCAGAAGAAGACACUCCAAAGAAAAAGAAGCAUAAAGGAGGGUCUGAGUUCACCGACACCAUCUUGUCCGUGCACCCCUCUGACGUGCUGGACAUGCCCGUGGACCCCAAUGAGCCCACCUACUGCCUGUGCCACCAGGUGUCCUACGGGGAGAUGAUAGGCUGUGACAACCCGGACUGUCCUAUCGAGUGGUUUCACUUCGCCUGCGUGGAUCUGACCACGAAACCCAAAGGAAAAUGGUUCUGUCCGCGGUGCGUUCAGGAGAGGAGGAGGAGGAAGUGAGGCUGCUACCUGGGCUGGAAGAGCGAGUUAAUGUAUUCCUUCCUUCGUGUUGCAAUAUUUUCUCUUCAUUUUAAAACUACCUUGUUUUGAAUGACACUUAACAACUCAGUGGCCAGUUGUAAGUCUGGGUAUUUCCUGAGACAAGCAAGAAUCCACCUGAGCCCUGUUUGCACGAGGAGCGAUCUCACAGGGACUUGCCACAGUGACUUCAUUCUCGAGACUUCUCGUAUGGGGCCCGGCCCCGGGCACGGCAGGUGCACCGAGUGGCCGAGCCUUCCGCGGGCCAGUGCGGUGGGGACCUUCCCGCCCGCUGCACCGCCGUCGUUCUGCAGCCGGGGUGUGAGCCUGUGUGGUCCGACCGUCCCGGUGCCACCGCGGCACAUCUGUCCCCGCAAGGCGUGCGCCUGGAAGCUGGCGAGGCGUUGCUGGAAGGCGUCCUCCGUGUCUCGGUGACCUGCCUGGGACGGUGGGGCUGUCCCUGGAGCGGGAGGGCCCCGCCGCACUGUGCGCUGCCUUGUUGUCUGGACUCCCAGUUCCCUCCGUGAGGGCUUUACCUGCUGGAGUGAACGGCCCGUCAUCAGCAGGCGGGCUGUCGUUGCCGUGAGCCGCCCGUGAGACGCCUGACCGACGGCUGGUGUGCCGUCGCUCUGGGAAUCCCUGAUGUUUUACUGUGAAGCUGGACUGCGAAGAUGGCAGUCUGAGUGCACGUGAGGCGAGUCCGGUCUGGCGAGGCCGGGCUGAUUUUAAACCUGCCGUGUUGCACACUGGUAAGCAGCUCACGUCCGAGGGGACCACGGUUACGUGAGGCCACCUGUGAGUCUGCGCCGCGGCGGUUCUGGAAUGAGGCUGGGAAACCGGAGCGCGUUUUCCCUUCAGUCUGCGCUCACCAAACCAGUUUUGAACCGUCGUUCUGGUAACAGUUGGGGGAAGUCGCGUACCUCUGGUUGAGGUCCGUCUGUGGUGGUGUGCGGCAUGACUUCUGGGAGAUCUGUGGACCCCGAGACCCCACAGCACCCACUUAAAGGGCUCCGAGGAGCCCCGAAGGGAGAGCCGGUCUCUGUCCUGGAGGCAUGAGAAGAAACGCAGGAGGCAGAGUCGAGAUGGGAAGUUCCUAGGUGAACAGGAGUCUCCUCUUUAUCAGGAGGCCUUCUGGAACAGUGCCCCGCUUCCUCCGAUGGCUUGUUCACUGCACGUGUCCUCCUGUUUCUAGUAUGUCAGCAAGGCCGGGAGAUGCCACGUAGAGAAUCUCGGGGAGCCGUGUCGUGCACGGGCCGCCUCGCGCCAGCUUAGCUCGUCGUCCCUAGAUGAGCGCUGACUGUUAGCUUUGACGUCAGAGGGCAGUGAGUGUCCAGCCGGGACCUGCGUCCGUGGUUCUCGGAGGGUCAGCCCACAGCAGACACGCCGUCCUGUGUCCUUCCUGGAGCAGGCCGAGUGGCGGGACUUGCUUCCAGGCGACUGCAGGUGGGGUCGGCUCGGCAUGUGCGUCCCGGGCUGCGUGGGGAGGGUAGGGGGUUGCCGGGCCUGACAGGCUUUCCCAGAACCGAUGCCUUCCUGCUUCUCCGAAAGAAGGGGUGGCGGCUUCGGGUUGAGCGCCGGCCCUCACGAGCCCCUCAGUCUCCACUGCAGCCAAAACCGAGGCUCGUCUGUAUUUAGGAACUUAGCUUUUUGUUAACACAGGUGUUUAAAGAUUGUGGGGAAUAAAUUGUGGAAAAUUGUCUGCUUCACUCUUUUACCAGUUUUUGUGGAGAGGGUAGGUAAGUACAGUGAGUUUGUGGUGAUUCUUUGGAAGCUAGUUUAAUAUUUGCACUGCCUCUCAGAACACUCGCGGCCGCUGCCAUCGUGGAAAGACGGGUGACCGUGGACAUAGGCCGAUGGCUGGUUGGGUACGCUCGAUGCCUGGUUUCCGGGGCCUCGAGCAUGACAGGAGAGAUGGCCGACUUCCAUAUGAAGCUUAUGUGUAAAGUCUGAUGGCGUCUCUGCUGUCACCUCUUCUCUUUAGGUUUCUGUGCCUACCUGUUUCUGGUGUUUACUUUUGUCAGUUACAUUGAUAUCUCCCAAAAUAACACGCAUUUAGCUUUGGAGAAGACAGAAGACAUGAGUGGAUUAGGAAGAUUCCCUGGAAUGCUGUUUGGGUCACGACCGAUCGGUUGUCCUUCCCAACUGUGAACAACACUCUGCAAGUCAGAAUGACACUCGACAGCAGCGCUUUGCUUGGGGAAGAAUGUUCUGCCACCUGGCGUGGCCCUGGUCCUGAGGACUGCUGCUGAGGCCAGCCGCCUUCAUCCUGGGGUGAUUCCUACCAGACCCCGUCUGCCUCCCAGGUGCUGGAUCGGAGCCAGAGGGGGCUGCAGAGCCCUGUUUCUUGGGUUGAGGGGGUCCAGGCUGGGCCCUGCGGUCCCUCUUGCAGCUGUAUCUGAGCCAAGGGUGCGGGCCCUCUGCGGCCGCGGGGUUUCCGUGUAAGGGAAGGAGUACCUUGUUUGAGGAGAAUCUGCACGUUCCUCAUUCUCAGUGCUAGAUUAUCAGUCAGCAGCUCUACAGACAGCCUCUCAUUUUCCCACAGGAGGACACAUGCUGCACUUACAAACUGAACCCCAACCUUCCCCCCCCCCCCCCCCCCCCCAUCUGUGGCUGCGCUGGUGGAGCUGCUGGCUGGGGUGACCGUCCCCACUGCACAGGCUGGGGCCCUGGGCGAGUGGAUAUGAAAUGGGACUGGCCAGGGUCACGGGAGCCUGGUGGCUUCGAGUCUGCCCAGGGCAGCAAAUGCUGAAGACACAGCCACAGGAAUGCUGGCGGUUUGCUGGGCUGCCUGGGGACACUGGGCAGCUGGCGGUUUGCUGGGCUGCGGACGACACUGGGCAGCUGGGUGCCAGUCCUGUCCCUGGGCGGCCGCGUGGCUCUCUGCCUCACGACUUGUGGCUGGCAGCCGUUGGCAAGGAAGGCUUCGAGCUGUCACGCUGUCCGAACAGCACACCCCACCCCCUCACCCCCCCCCACCGCCAUGUGGCCGGAGCCGGAAUAGACACUUAAUCAUGGGCCUUGGUGACUGAAGGUUUUCCUCAAUUGCUAGUGAGCCGUGGCUGGUCUUCGCUACCUGUGCUGAGAGGAAUUUUAAAACAGGAAGCCUAAGAAAAACGUUCUCAUUCAGGAGAGAAGUCUAUGAAGUUUCUUUCUUUCUACAAAUGUAUUUUGUGGUGUUCACUUUGACCACAUUUCAUCCAAAAAGAUGAUGCAGCUUUAACAUGAAUGUUACAUUUUAUUUUCAAGGAAUUAUCUAUGUUCCCUUUGUAAAGGAAAGAUAAUAUUGUAAAUCUUUUUAUUAAAUAAUGUAAAGAUGUAUAUCUGUAUUUUUGGAUCAUGUUAUAGAUUAUGGAUAUAUUGUUUAAUAAAUAAAGUAUUUUUUGGAAUAAA